AUGUCAGAUGAACUCGAUUAUCUCCAGCCAGGCUUCGAUCCCUCUUCCCUCACGAUCCCCCGAAUCCGCUCUAUACUAGUCACACAUAGUAUCGAAUAUUCAUCUAACGCAAAGAAAGCGCAACUCGUCGAUACAUUCAAUCGGGAAUUAGUACCGCAUGCACGAAAGAUAUUGCAUGAGAGAGCGCGUGCGAAGAGAACAAGCCGAGGAAUCAUCGAUGUGGAAUCGUCACAAGAGAGUAGCACUCAGGAAAGUACAACGGAGAGUACACAGGAAAGCGAUGUGAUUCUACCGCCACCGAGAACGCGACCUGUGAGGCAAACGCCUGCAAAGGUUAAAGCAUCAGUGGACGUAAUUGAUGAUGAACCAGCGAUAGCUAGAAGCACUAGGAGAUCAACCAGAUCCAUCAGCCCGGUAAAGAGAAUGCCUAGAGCUAUCAGCCCUGUGAGAAAGACACCGAAACCAAGCAGCAAACAUCCUAGGCAGGAGGAGGAGGCUGGCUCGGAUGAUGAAGAAACUGUGAGAAAAUCAAGAAAAAGCAAAACAGUCCAAACGCCAAUGGUUGGAGCGAGAGAUAGUUUAGACGCAGUCGCGCGGACAAAGGACCCGCGAAGAGAGAGCAAUUUCACUUACGACAAUCCCUUUCAGAGAGGCUCGCCGCAAUCCGACAAUAAAAGACCUAUAUCGAGCCACGAUAAUAAGAGGAAAAGCUUAGGUCGUAGUGCUGCUAAAGAGAUGGAAAAACUGAUGACCACGGCUUCGAGAAGACGCAUGGUAACUCCACAAGCUAAUGUUGGAAUACGUCCACCAACUUCCUCAACUUUCGAAAUUCCUUUUAGCAGCCUUGAUGGUUCAAAGGAUUAUGAUGAUAAUGGAGUGGAGAUUAGUGAGGAUUUCACGCCAGAAGCACAAUUCGAGCUUGAGCGUGAGCAACAGAGAGGGCUCGCCACCAUUCAGCCCCGAAAGAAAGCAUCAAACGGCGUCAAUAUGAGUGGACCUUUUUGGAUGAUUCUUAUUACACUACUGAGUGGCUAUGCUGCUUGGUACAGGCAAGAGAAGAUUGCUGUAGGCUUCUGCGGUGUAGGUAGAGCGGCGAAUUCGAUGAUACCCAUCAGAUCAAACCUUCCGGAUUGGGUGCAAGUAAUCGCGGAGCCACAGUGCGAUUGGUGCCCCCAGCAUGCUUAUUGCAAUACCAACUAUGAAGUUCAGUGCGACCAGGAUUUUAUUUUGAAGCAUCAUCCUCUCUCGAUUGGUGGAUUCCUACCCCUUCCACCGACAUGUGAGCCCGAUGGAGAGAAAGUGAGACGGGUUAAAGCGGUGGCAGAUCGAGCCGUUGAGGAGUUAAGAGAGAGAAGAGCAAAGUGGGAGUGUGGUGACUUGGUGGAUGAAGCUGGAGCAUCUCAGCCGACUGUUGAGAUGGAUGCCGAAGAAUUGAAGAAAGAAGUUGGUCAAAAGAGGAGAAGGGGGAUGGGAGAGGCCGAAUUUGAGGAAUUAUGGCUUGGUGCCAUUGGAGAAAUCAAGGGAAGAGAUGAAGUAAUUGUUGGUGCUGAUGGAUCAAACACCCUCACAAGUACCUCACUCGUCCGCCUCCCCCUCACUUGCGCCCUUAAACGCUCCUUCAGACACACAUUGGCAAGAUAUUAUAUCGAAAUUGGAUCUCUAGGCCUCGCCUUCAUCCUCUUUUUCUACAUCCGUUCAUUAAUCCGCGAUCGUUCAGCUACUAAGGCUGUAGUCCCUUAUCUGGUUUCACUCACUCUUUCACGUCUCGCUACUCAAGCAUCGCUUCACGCGCAAGACGAAGAUGCAAUAAAGGAGAGUUGGAUUAGUAUAGGUCAGCUAAGGGAUGAUGUAUUGCGCGAUGAACAUAGUUUGAACAAGCGAGAGCAAAUCUGGACGAGAGUGAAAAAAGUGGUUGAAAUGAAUGCGAAUGUUAGAGCAAUGCAACGGGAGAGUCAAAAGGGAGAGAUCUCAAGAGUUUGGGAAUGGAUUGGGGCGUUGGAGGGUAUGGAAAAUAGUGUUAGGAAGAGGAAAGGUGAGAGCGAGACGACUCCGUUAAGUGAUAGAGAUGAUGUGGAUAAGAAUAAGGAUGAGGAUGGGGAUGGGGUUCCCGAGGCUAUCAUAAGGCUCAAGUGGCAGAAAUCGGGGUUGAAACCUGUUUAUUAG